AUGCUGACGCUGCGCGUACCACUCACGGAGCUGCUGAGGGGGGGGAAUGUCCCGAGAACGCUGCUGCUAUUGCUGCUGCUGGCGCUGACCACCACCAGGGCUGCUCCGCUGCGAAGCGCCACCCCGACCACCAACACCUCCUCCACCACCGCCUCCUCCACCUCCGCCACCACCGCCGCCUCCGCUAGCACCGCCGCCGCCUCCGCCGCCUCCGCCUCCACUGCUACCACCGACACCUCCACCCCCGCCACCACUCCCACCGCCACCCCCACUCCCUCCGCCGCCUCCACCGCCUCCACCGCCACCUCCACCGCCCCCGCUAGCUCCACCCGCGCCCUUGCCCCCCUUGCCCUUGCCAGAGCGGCGUCUCCCGCUAGAGGCAGACGUCGCACCGACCGACUCAAGACCAACGAGGUCGGCCGCAGCGGCAGAGGCGACAGAGGGCAAAAGGGGGGAAGGAGAACACCCCUCAAAGAUGGGGGGCAGUUCGGGCAGCUCAGUAGCACAGCAACACGGCAACACGGCUGCUCGGACGGCUCAGCAGCAACUGCGGCUCCGCGGCACCAGCGGCUCGGCUCCUCAGGCGGCUCGGGCGGCUCGGGCGGCUCGGGCGGGUCGGGCGGUUCGGGCGGCUCGGGCUGGUCGGGCGGGUCGGGCGGCUCGGGAGAGUCGGGCGGCUCGGGCGACUCCGGCGGCUCGGGCAGGGCGGGCGGCUCGGGCGGCUCGGGUGGCUUGGGCUGGUCAGGCGGCUCGGGCGGCUCGGGAGAGUCGGGCGGCUCGGGCGGCUCGGGCGGCUCGAGCAGGUCGGGCGGUUCGGGCGGCUCGGGCGGUUCGGACGGCUCGGGCGGCGCGGGCGGUGUAGGGCGGCAGGGCCGCUGGUGA